CCUGGGCGGCUCCCCAGACCGCAAGGCAAGAACAGUCGCGUGGAUCAGGUUUCGAAGGUGACCGCGGAAACAGUGUCGUCCUCGUGUCGACGCAUUGCCCCGCGGCGCCCGUGUGCUGCUCCCUCGCGUCCCCCCGAGGGCAUGUAGGCACCGCUCUGACUCCUCCGAUUGUUUGUGCCACGGCGUAGGAAUUAGCAUGGCUGACUUCGUGGAGACGGACAGUCCCCUCCCGACGCCGACGCUAGGCAGGAAGGUCAAGGGCGGCGGGCAGGACCCCCGGAGCAGCCCGCCCUUCGCCAGGAAAGGCUGCCUUAGAAGGAAGGCUGGCGGGCAGGAGGGCGGCGGCCAGAAGAGUGACGCCCGCGCCAAGGGUCGGAAGGCGCGGCGGCAGCAUGAGAAGGGCGGCGUCGUGGCCACCUCCUACAAAAAGCUGUGCCACAGCCUCUCCUCGAGCUUCAGGGGCACCAGAGACAACGCCACCACCGCCACCACCACCACCACCACCACCUCCAGCACCACCACCACCACCACCGCCGCUACCACCACCUCCAGCACCACUACGACCACCUCCAGCACCACUACGACCACCUCCAGCAUCACCACCACCAUUAACACUCAGGAGCCCCGUUACCCCACCCACGAUGUCCCCGUCAGCAGCACAAACGGCCUAGCUGACGUCACACUGACCCACGCCACAGCUCAAACCAUCCCCCGCGCCGCAGAGCCGCCGCUGGAGAGCGGCACCACGAGCGGCGAAGGACAGCAGCAGGCCUGCUUGGCGCCGCCGCUCCCCGGAGCGGUGCUCCAUGGCGGCGAGUCACGGGAGCCUCUCGGCGAGGUCAGCGAUGGGGAGCAGCAGGAGCAGCAGGACGCCCGCGUCGUGUGCCUCAGCUUCAAGAGGAUCGGCUCCGCGAGAACCCGACCAGACACAGACGCAGGCCGGGCGGAGCACGAUCCUGGGGGCGGUGACGCCACGCCGAGCACUCAUGGCAGAGGCUCAAGGGAGGCAGCCACAAGUGACUCUCAUACCACGCCGAGGCAAGACCACGACCACAAGCAUGGCGCCAAGGGUUGUGUGGGCGCCGGGCAGGCCGCCCCACGGCCCAUCCGGCCCGUCGCCUGGCCGGAUCCGGGUGGCCGCCUCGGGAACAAGUCUGCCGCCCUGGAGCAGCACCCCGCCGUGCUGAGGCGGCAGCUGAGUCGGGGCAGCGAAAGGAAAAUGCCCGGCACGCCUGAGCGCAGCGUGGCGGUCCUGCGGCGGGGCAGUCUGCAGGAUCGGUACCUCCUGCGCUGGUCCACAUACCACGACAUUGACCUUGGCAGCCCACAGACCAGCGCCGCGGGCCCAGCCGACGCCCUCCCUGCCAGGGCGCAAGGAGAGGUCAUAAGGGGAGAUGUUGGUGCCUCUGGCCGCCGAGACACCGACGAAAAGCCUCAGAGGAGGAAGGAGAACCUCCACAAGACACCCGGCGACACAAAGAAGGACCCGCCGCCUCCUGCCCAACCCGUGGACACUGCCGGCGGGGCGGCCGAGGCACCUGAGAGCGAGGGCUUUGCGAGGCACAGAGAAGUAGCUCUGAAGGAGGCCCUCGUGAGGCUGAGCUUAGAUUUGGGAAGAGGAUCCAACAAGUCUGUGUUUGACAACCUUGUGAGCAUCUGCAGCGAGACUGUGGCCAGCAGCAUCAGGCGGUGCCAUGCAGAGUCCCCCGACGAGGUGCCCGGCAGAGUGACGGAUGCGGGCCGCCAGCAGGGCGCCCUCUUGUUCGGCGACAUUGUAAAGGAGUUCGUGGCCAGACUUCCCUCCGACCAGGACGAGGUACAGACAGGUGCAGGACCGUCCACGCGGCCUUCAGUCUCCGGAGACAUUUUCAGCUAUCACCCGCCAGCGGCGGCGGAACCACCGGACACCUUGAGCGUGAUCCAGGAGGCCAUCCAGAAGGCCUGCGACGGGCUGCUGCGUGAGGACGCUUCCCAAGUGUCGCCGAGUUUUGCAUCUCCUGCCGAGUCCCAGGUCACUCCCGCCGUGGCGGGCGGCGACCACAAAGACACCUUCGUCUUCCCUUCCUUCGCCAAGAUGGAGGAGUCCCGAGCAGUGAGUCGGCGAGGCUCCGUGGACCAGCUGGAGUUCUCGAGGGUCCGGCUCAGUAAGACUGGUAGAAUUGAGGUGGUUGACGCCAAGAUGGAGGAGUCCAGAGCAGUGAGUCGGCGAGGCUCCGUGGACCAGCUGGAGUUCUCCAGGGUCCGGCUCAGUAAGACUGGUAAAAUUGAGGUGGUGGACGACGACGCCGAGGUUGAGGAGGCGGAAGAGGAAGAGAGGCACGAAGACGCCUCCUGGCACGGCUCCGCCUCUCCCCGUGACCCGCGUCCCGCCGGCGACCCUCCGCCCGUCGCCAAGCCCAAGGCUAGCCUCGCCGAACGCUUCAAUCAGUGGCGCCUCGCGUGGGGCUUCAAGCACGACGACUCGCCGCCGCUGCCACCGCCAGGCAGACACGAGGCGCUCAGGCUCCGGGCGCAACAGCGGAGGGCCAGCGUGCCGGACUUUUCUCGGCGGCGGUUCUCUUUCUCCGGGACGUUUAACGAUCUGCAUCACUCGGUCCAGAGCCAGACAGAGUCAGUCACCCCUGCGACGCCUCCCAAGAUGAGGAAGAAGGCCUUGGCCGAGCACAGCCAAGCCAGAUCCAGCCCCAGGCGAGGCUCCGUAUCCUCCUUCCUCACCGUGGCGCCGCCCGAGUCUGACGCUGGGGGGGGCAGGAGGGCCAGUUUUGAUGACCGGCUAAAGAAAGGCAACCCCCGGUCUGUGGACAAAGCCAGCGACGCUUUCUCCUACUUCCUGGACUACCCCGUGCUGCAACAAGAUGCGCGGGAGCUGGCGCGGCAGGAGCUCCACUCUGCGCUGCGCGAGUCGUGCAGCCGCGGUGAUGUGUCGCGCGCGAAGGCCAUCCUGCGUGACUUGGGGGCCGAGGCGCAGAUCAUCAUCAACUCUGCUCCCAAUGGCUCCAACACCCUGCUCUUCAAGGCGUGUGAGGAGGGUCAGAGGGAGAUGGUGCGCCUCCUCCUGGACCACGGGGCUGACGGCAGGAUCCACCCCGUCACCAAGUACUCGCCGCUCUACAUUGCUUGUUACUACGGCCGGCGAGACAUUGCGGAGAUGCUGCUCAAGAAGUUCCCGUGCCUGGCGUGUGUGUCCACCGUGGAGCGCUGGCUGCCCCUCCACGCGUGCAUCAUCAACAGCCAUGUGUCUGUGCUUGACCUGCUGCUCAAGUUCCCCUACCCAGAAGAGGCUCUCCAUAAGUACUGGGACAAGACAGGGCAGUUUGAGUAUGACAUGGCCUUUGACAUCAACAUGAAGGAUGUGACCGGCCAGAGUGCACUCUACCUAGCCUGUUACGUGGGCAACCAGAAGCUGGUGGACCUGUUACUGAAGCACCGCGUCCAGGGGCACAGAGUGAAGACCAAAGAAGAAAUUGAGGAGGCAAAUUUGAAGGACCAGGAGACCAGCAGCAACGACUCCAAGUCCAGUAGCCGAGAGAACACCAAGAGCAGCCUCAACGCCAACACAGAUUCAGUGGAGAAGACGGAGGAGGUGACGAGCCCCACCAAACACCGCAUCUCCGGGGGCAUCCAGGCGCUCAUGUCCAAGCUGAACCUGGUGAAGACGGACAACUCCCACAAGGACAACAUGCUUUCCCCUCUUGAUAUUGACAUGUAUUGUAACAGCAACACUGAGACGGCACUCCACAUUGCUGUCAAGAACAAGCACCACAUCAUCGUGUCAAUGCUCCUCAUGGCGGGAGCAAACCCCAACCUGCGGGUGUACCUGCCUGACGAUGAGAUGGCCAGGCUGGCAGAGGACGAGUACAUUUUCACAGGGUCAACUGCUCUCGUGGAGGCCUGCCGCAACAGAGACUUGGGCAUGCUGGACCUGCUGCUGAAGAGCCACGCCCGGGACGACGAGUGCAAGGCGCUCUUCAUCGCUGCUCACGCCAAGGAUGAAGUCAUCGUCUCCAAGCUUCUCGCCCUGAAGGCUCACCCGGACCCUGAGUUCAAGGUCAACAAACGAGCGCUGGACAUCAAGCCGAGCCAGCAGUUCAGCUCCCUCAAUGUCAGCAAUGCCGGGGGCGUGUACUCCUCCCUGGCGCCCUCCACACCCGUCAUGAUCAACUGGCAUGGGCAGCGCUGCCUCUCCUACAUCAAGGACCAGUGGUUGGUGGACGCCUCAGUGAACCUCAACCCCAAGCUGCGGCUGAGUCCCCGUAACCAGGUCAUCGCCCUCUACGCCAUCACCCGCCUCGACAUCUCCAACAAUGCCCUCACCGAGCUGCCGGACAUGAUCUUCCAGCUGCCGAGCCUCAAGACCCUCAACGCAGCCCAGAACAAAAUCGAGAAGCUUCCUCCCUCCAUCGGCCAGUUUGUUGACGGCACGGUGACCCUCCCCAGGAAAGGCUCGAAGAAGGAUUUGUUCCAGGGGCCGCUGUCUGUCCUGGAGGAGGUCCACAUACAGGACAACCGACUGGACCACCUGCCGGACGGAAUCUUCACCCUGCCGGCCCUGCAGCUCCUCGACGUGUCCAACAACAAGCUGUCCUCGCUCCCCUACAAGAUAUGGACGGCGCCCAAACUCCGGGAGCUCAACGUGUCCCUCAACCUGCUGCACGACCUCCCUGUCCGGCCUGAGGGGCAUGGGCAUGACUCUGGCAUGGGUUCUGACGCCAUGAGUGAAGUCAGCGACGAAGACAGUGUGUCCUCCUUGAAUGACCUUCACCUCAGCCUCCCAGACGACCUCACAGAAGAGUCUCCAGCUCGCCGCAAGACCCCAGACCCCAGGGGAGUGCUGUCCCUGGGGAAGCAUGGCAACGUGGUGACCUGCUGCCGGCGCCGUGAGCUGAAGCACCACAGCCUCUGGUCCAGCACCGUGGAGAUCCAGGAGUCGCUGGUGGGGGUGAGGGAGACGCAGGAGGAGACUCUGUCCAACCUACAGUCUCUUAACCUGUCCCACAACUCCUUCAUGUCUGUUCCCAACGGCCUGGCCUGCCUUGCCCUCUCCCUCAACCGCCUCAACCUGAGCUACAACAGGCUGACAGAGAUGGGUGCAGCAAGCUGUUACCCUGUGGGUCUGAAGCAGCUGGACCUCUCUCACAACCGAAUCCGAGCCUGGCCCACUGUGUCCCGCAGUGAGUCCCUGGAGAGCCUUGAGUCCACAGUGUCCUCCUGCUACGCCCUGGCGGAGCUCAACAAGAGCAACAAGUUCUUGUGUCCAGCUAGAUCCAAUAAACACCCAUCCUUUUCCUUCCCUCCAUUUUACAUAUACGCAGGAGGCCGCAAGUAUGGCCAGAACUUGAGUGUUGCCCGGGCCCGGGGGGGAACAAACUCCCCGAUGGGCAGCUCCCCGACCCCCGGCAGUUGCAUCCACCGCCGCCACAUGCGCCUGGAGUCCUUGCGCACCCUCAUCCUGGCUGACAACAAGCUCACCCGUCUCACCCUCUAUCUGGAUGAGAACGACUUCUCGCUGGUGACUGAAGUUGAUGAAAAUGAAGCGAGUCCCGUCCGCACCAACACUCCCCGAAAGUCCUGGCUGCUCUUCCCCAACCUCUCAAUGCUGGACGUGAGCAACAACCAACUCAGGGACCUGCCCACCACCCUCCACGAGUUGACCAACCUCUCGGUCCUGAACAUCUCCGGCAACGAGGACAUCACAGAGCUCCCGCCUGAGAUGGGUCUCCUCUCCCGCCUCUGGAACCUCAACACCAGAGGCUGUUCCCUGCAGGAGCCCCUCAAGUCCAUGAUUGAAAGCAAAAAAUACAAAACCAUGGAUGUCAUUGGCUACCUAAAGAGUAUAUUAGAGGAUGCCCGGCCCUACGCAAGGAUGAAGCUGAUGAUCGUGGGCGUUCAAGGCAUUGGGAAGACGUCUCUCCUGGAGCAGCUGCGGCAGGAAGGGACCGGCUCCUACAGGAAGAAGCCAGUGGAGCACUGGGCCAAGAGGAUGGGCAACAAGAACAUCAACACACGCACCUCCCGUGGCACCAGCAUGUCCACGGUCGGGGUGGACAUCGGCGACUGGAUAUUUGAGAAGAAAAUUCGGGGUCACAGCAAUUAUGGCCCGGUGGUUUUCAGGACCUGGGACUUUGGGGGCCAGAAGGAGUACUACGCCACCCACCAGUACUUCCUGUCCAAGCGCUCCCUGUACCUGGUGGUGUGGAAGAUCAGCGACGGAGAGCGUGGAGUGGCCGAGAUCCUCCAGUGGCUCGUCAACAUCCAGGCACGAGCCCCCAACUCUCCCGUCCUAAUCGUGGGCACUCACUACGACCUGGUGAAGGAGAAGUUCCCGCCCUCCUGGAGUGAAGACCUGCAGCAGAUCAUCAGGGACAAGUUCAUCAAUGUGAUAGAUGCCGACAAGCUGGGCCUUCCGAGGGUCUUGGACACGAUAGAGGUGAGCUGCAAAACAAGACACAACGUCAAGCUGCUGUGCAACUUGAUCUACGACACUGUGUUCAGCCUCAAGACACCAGGGAGCAAAGAGCGGCUUCUGGAGCAGAGAAUCCCGGCCUCCUACCUGGCACUGGAGGACGUGGUGGGGGUGCUGGCCCUGGAGCGGAGGGUUCAAGGCCGCGACCCAGUACUGAUGGCUGACAAGUACCAGACGUUGGUGACGCAGGAGAUGUCCAGCCGGGGCCACCGACCCUUCAGGGAUGUGGCGGAGCUCAACCAGGGCACCACCUUCCUGCACGAGAAUGGUGUGAUGCUGCAUUACGAGGAUGCCACCCUGAAGGACCUGUACUUUUUGGACCCCCAGUGGCUGUGUGACAUGCUGGCCCACGUGGUCACCAUCAGGGAGAUCAACCCCUUCGCCCGCAACGGCAUCAUGAAGCUGGACGACCUCAAGCAUGUGUUCAAGUCCUCCACGUGUGCCCCGCUGGAUGCCAAGUCCUACAUCUUGAAUCUCCUGAACAAGUUUGAAGUGGCGCUCACCUGGGACAACCGCACGCUGCUCAUCCCCUCGCUGCUGCCCUCCGAGGAACAUCUGCGGAGUGGCCUGCCGGGGACGGACGUGAGGAUCCCGGUGCGGUCAAGAGGCUGGGCCAUCAGGAACAAGAAGUUUUCCAGCUCCACCGGGUCCACCAUCGUCGGCAACUCCUCCUUCUACAUGAGCAGCACCGAGGAGCGAAAACAACGUCCCCUCUCCUCUCAUGGGCUUACCACUGAGGCCAUAGGGAGCCCCAAGAAAGAAGGAGCUGAUGGGAGUCCAGUCCCGUGCCCUGAGCCUCCGCAGGUCCAGGUGACGCAUCGCUCGGCCCCUCACGCCGCCAUCCGCCGCCUCCUCCUCAUGUCCUACUUCCCCUCUGGCUUCUGGUCGCGCCUCAUCACCCGCAUCCUUGCAGACGACGCCGUGGUGGACAUCGUCAGAAACUACUUUGUCAUGCCACGAGAGGUUUUAAAUGACCGAGGGCUGUCAUCAGUGCUGGGGGGUCAGGCGGAGUGGAUGUGCUGGCAGACAGGGAUGGAGCUCCACUACGCCCACACCACACUCUUCCGCAUGAGGGAGGUGAUCCCCUGCUUCUCACACAACGCACAGAUGCACCACGGACAUGGCGGCCCCUCCCCUAACUCCUCUCUAGCCUCCACACAGACCAAUCACUUGUUCUAUGACUACAAGAGCAUGCGAUUCCUUGUCCGCCAGGAGGGAAUGUGGUCAGACGUUGAGGUGAACAAUUCAGCUGUCUUGGAAAUCUGCCUUCCCAACGAGGCUGUGGUGAUCAAGAGACCCUUCCAGGACAGCAACCUUUCCAACCCCGCCUCAGACAUCCUGGCCAACGGGAUCCAGAGCGUUGUGUUGGACCCGGCGCCGGAGUGUGUGGCCAAGCUGCUCUCCCUGGCCGUGGACCACAUAGACACGCUGCUGGAGGACUGGUAUCCUACCCUGGGCACACGCUUUGUGCACACCAGUGAAGGAAAGUUCCUAGUGACCCGCCUGGUGCCUUGUCCGGUGUGUCUGGAGUGUCACGGGCAGCAUGAGGGGCCGGGCAACCACCCCCAGGCCCGCCACCUUCCUGACAACUGGGGCUCCUUCGUGGAGAUGAACCCCCUCUACUGCUCCAUGACAGCCUCACAGAUCUCCCAGGACCUGACUGCAUCCCACAGCUCCUCUCUUGAGCGCUCACUCCUAACUAACAGUCUCCUGGGAAGUCUGGCUCCGUCCCAGCAGGGCCAUCCUGCAACAAUGCCCUUCGGUAGUGUGUCGUCCUCUCACCCUGGGGGCCGCAACUCCUCCACCACCAAUCCUGCCGGGGGUGGCGGUGGUGGCAUCUCCCCGGCAGGUGCAGCGGCAGGCGGGGGAGGGAACAUGUCGCCCCAGCUUCCAAGGCGCAGUUGGGGGUCCCGAGAGUCCUACACCUCAGACGGGGACAGCGGUGUUGGGGCCGAGUCCACUACGUCAAGCACAAGGCAGUGGCCAAGGCUGCCUCUCAUUGCUGCCUCACCUGCCCCGUCCAGCCGCAAAGCCUCAGCGGAGGGUCGGCCAGACCUAGACAACAGUGCCAACAAUGAGAGCGAGAGUUCUGGGGCCCAGGAGGUGACGCCGGUGGUCUACUCCUUCAUGGUGGAAGAAUGCAUCCUGGCCGCCUACACCGCCCGCUCUGUGCCCUGUCCUCUCCACGCUGACCUACUCUUGGCCCAGAUUGCCCCCGACACAGUGUUCCUGGAUCUGGGUGAUCGUUACCUAGUGCGGCCGGAGGUCAUCAAGCAGGGCAAGCUUCUGGGCCGGGGCGGUUUUGGGUUUGUCUUCCAGGGCUCCUGCCGCAACCGCCUGAACGGAGGCCCCAUGGACGUGGCCCUCAAGAUGCUGCAGCCCGUUGACCCGGGGCCCAACGCCCGGCAGAGUGCCAUCGUGGCCUUCAAGGCUGCCCAGAGCAAGUGGGAGAGGGACCCCCUGCAGUAUGCCUGCAAAGCCUACUGUUCAGCCCGGCAGGAGGUCAACAUUCUGCUGGCCCUGCGCCACCCCCACAUCGUGCCAUUGGUAGGAGUGUGUCCCCGCCCCUUGGCCUUGGUCCUGGAGCUGGCACCCCAGGGAGCCUUGGACCAGUGCCUCAAGCAUUACCAGCGGUCAGGAGCCAGACUGUCACUCCCCACCCUGCAGACUGUUAUCCUGCAGGUAGCAAAGGCCCUGGAGUACCUUCAUGGCCAACAUAUAAUCUACCGAGACCUCAAGAGUGAGAAUGUCCUGGUGUGGGAGCUGCCGCCGCCCUUCCACCACCAGCCACACCCCAGGGUUGACGUCCGACUGGCAGACUAUGGGAUCAGCAGGUCAAGCCUACCCACGGGCACCAAGGGCUUCGGUGGAACGGAAGGCUUCAUGGCCCCCGAGAUGAUGAGACACAACGGGGAGGAGGAGUACACGGAGAAGGUGGACUGUUUCUCCUUCGGGAUGUUCAUGUACGAGCUGCUGACCACGCAUCAGCCCUACGAACACUGUGAUAAUGUGAAGGAGCAUGUGUUGGAGGGAGGACGGCCGGCACUCACUCACAGGGAAACUGAGUACCCGGUGUAUGUGCUGGACCUGAUGGUGAUGUGUUGGUCCCAGCAGCCGCGCUUCCGACCCUCCGCCUCACAGAUCGUCUCCAUCGCUUCCGCACCUGAGUUCACCCACCUGCUGGAUGUUGCCUCCCUGGACCAUUCCCUCAAUAUUACAGAUGCCAUACGAGUGCCUCCAGCCUAUGUUAAAGAUGAAGAUGGAGAGUUGGUAAUGCGUGAGCUUGGGAACAUCUGGGUGAGCCGCACGUCCCCGCAGCUGGACAUGGUUGGGGCGGGGGAGUGGGGCUGGGCGGGCUACACCAGCAUCGAGGGGCUGCCGGACACCAUCACCGCCAUGUGUUGUGUGGGGGAGCACGUCUGGCUGGGAGACAACGCCGGCAACAUUCACGGCUACAACAUGGUGGACUACAGCCGGGUGUUCAGCUACUGCCUGGAGCCUGACGCCCCUCAGUCCUCCCCGGUGCGCUCCCUCUGCAGCCUCUAUGCCCUGGGCCGGGUAGCCGUGGCCCUCCUCAACGGCCGCCUGUUUUUGUGUAGUUCUGACGUCACCCCCACAUCCCCGGUGCUGGGCGAGGGCAGCUUUGUCAUGACUGAGCUGGCCGGCUCCACGCAGGAAAUACAUUGCCUUGCAGUCACCCAGACCGACACCAACUGGUCGCUGUGGUGUGGGGGAAGCCAGGGCACCAUGAGUGUCUUCUGCCUGAGGGACGAUGGUUUGGUGUUGAGCCAAGAUGCUGUGACUCACUUCACCUCCACCUCCACGCCACCCCCAAGUGACUCUGCCGAUGUGCUAAUUCUCCACGCCCCACAGAAUCUCUCCACUGUGUCUCCUCACCUCAGAAGCUCCAUCUGGUCCUAUGUUUAUCCAGGGUGUGUUGUGUACCACUGGGACGCCAAGGAGCAGAAGGUGGUGAACCGGCUGGACUGCUCCAAGCUGGUGCCGUGCUCUGAAAGCCUCCAGUCCAUCAGCAUUGAGGAGCACCUAUCCCCGUCACACUGCCAGGUGACAGCCAUGGCUGUUUGUGGGAGUGAGGUGUACGUGGGCACCACGUGGGGCUGUGUGGUGGUGGCGGAGGCAGAGUCCAUGCGUCCCAUAACUGUGUUCAGACCCUACGAAAAUGAGGUGCGUGCGAUAGUUCCUCUUCCUCCGUCUCUUGUGGUGCUGGAUCAGGGCGGCUCUGAAGACCAUCUGGAUGGGCUUGGCAUGGACGAGGAUGGUGUGCCGAGCCCCACACCUCUGCUGGCCACGAUAGGCAAGGGUUACCGCAACCUGCUGGGCCGCUAUGCACCCAUGCCCAGGUCAGCCCAGCCUGAACCCACAGCUCAGCGGGCCAUGUACUGCUUACUGUGGCGGGCACACCACUGGUUAAACACAUGAGGGACACUCCACUUUAUCCACUUAAUAUAUAUAUAUAUAUAUAUAUAUAUAUAUAUAUAUAUAUAUAUAUAUAUAUAUAUAUAUAUAUAUAUAUAUAUAUAUAUAUAUAUAUAUAUAUAUAUAUGAAGAAAUAAAUGAAUUAGUAGUAAGGAAAGCCUUUGCACAGUCUCUGUGAGACUUAAGUUUUGCAAAUAUUAAAGUGAAUAAGUUUGCUGUGCAUUAUAGCUCAAAUUGCAUGGUCACAAUGUUAACCAAGACAAGGUUGUACUCAUAUCAAUAAUGACCUGCUGUGGCUGUCACUCUAGCUUGUAUGAAGGCUGCAUCAUGUCAGGAUGAGGACUCAUGAUAACAUGCUGGUGUAAACACUGACUGCCAGGGAGUGUGCAGCAAUGCCUUCCUUGUUGAGGCCACACGACACAUUCCUGCCGGGGUCAGGGACAGCCUGCCUCUGGCCAAGGCACAGGAAUAACACAGAUGUGUGUUUUAGCAUUACUUAAGGAGUGUGACUUCCCUAAUUAAAGUUUAAAAGGUUGUUGAAAUAUUUUUGAAGUUACAGAUUACAUUUUUGUGUACAUGUGUUAAUAAUGCCAUAUGUAUAUGUUAAUUAUUUUACAUGCACUUUUAAAGAUAUUUGCCUUAAAAAUCACCUACUUAAUAAGAGGCAACUUAAGUGAUCCUGUAACCAAAAGCCUACUUAAGUAAGAGGUCAGGGGCAGUAGCAGCAGCAGCAACAGCAAGUCUCAGGGUCACCAGAAGUCAGUAGGAGCUGGACACCUUGCUGGGGCCUGUGGCGAGGUCCCAGCACACACACUAAACAUGCCAAAGGCUGAUAAUACUCAUGAUAGAUGCAGACCUUUCUUGUGUUUCAUGUAAAACAGGAAACACAACUGACCAUUAAGUCAUUCAUAAGUACUGGCAUUAGGAGGACUAAACUAUUGUCAUAUUAACACAACAUUUCUGAACUGGGCCGCCACAGACCCUGAGGUGCACAGAAACUUGUCCCCAGGAGUAUCGUUGCCAGGCUGCUCUGCGUAUAGGCUCAGCCCCUACCCAGGAUGGUUGAGGGAGGGUCGGGAGGUCAUGAGGAGGGUAAGGUGUCAUAAUGUCGUUUUGUAAUUAAUAUUUGUACCAAAGAUGUUAUGUCAAGGAAGCUCGUAAUGUAAAUAAUAGCUCAUCUUAAGUUGCUUUAAUAAUGUAUUCAUAUUUAAGUUCCAACAUGGCACAAUUAUGUGUGUACUGCUAAAGUUUGACUAGACUACAGCUACCACUCUCACCAUGACUACUCACUGCUACCACUGCUACUACGGAAGAUGUUUAGUCUCUGAUACUACUACUACUACUACUACUACUACUACUACUACUACUACUACUACUACCACUACUGUUACUAUCAUUACUAACAUCAGACUACUUAUACUACUAUACUGAAGAUGGUUAGUCUCUACUACUACUACUACUACUACUACUACUACUACUACUACGACUACUACUACUACUACUUUUACUAACAUCAGACAAUUUACACUACUAGACAAACUACACUACUAUCACUAGACUACUACUACUACUACUAUAAUGACUACUUACCAUUACUAAAACUACAAAAAAUUAAUGUUCUUUUCCAUUAACCAUUUACACUCAUCACGUUCUACUUACUUAUUGCUUUCAGUCCACUAUUAUUUUUAUCUAUCUCAUUACCCUUGAACUGGCUGGCUGACCACACUGUUUAUCUUACUCUCUAGUCAUUGAAACCAUUUUAAUGUGAUAACUCCUUCUCAGCAGUUCAUAACCUUUCCUCGUUCUCCCGUGUAACCUGAACCUGUAAGGAGUGGAAGGUGGUUUGAGCUAUCCCCUAAGCCACACACAAGUUGUUAUCUAUAUUUUAUAAUCAAAGACGUCAUUUGCUAAACCAUCAGUCUCCACUUGUUGUUAUUUAUAAAGGACUUUACUUUUACUAUCGGGAGUUACAGAUAUUUUUUGAGCCUAUAUGAAGCCUAUUAGGAGGGUCUUUUUUUUCUUCUUUUUUUAUGAAUCUGUAAAAGGUCCAUCUCCCAAUAUGUUGACCAUGAUGAUAAGUUUGGGAGAAGCAGUGACUUGUCCAUCCAGAUUACCAGUAACAAAAUUUUAAAUACCAAAUUAAAUAUAAAUAUACU